CGAAAUAUUUCAAAUUAUUGAAGAUAAAAAUUUAGAUCCGAAAGAUAAAAAAUGUAAAUGUGAAGGAGAAUAUAAAUUUAAUUGCACUGAAGCUUGCUCUCCAAAUGGAAUUAGUUUUUUGGUUGAAGGGUUGGAGAAAAGUGAUUUUGGAUUGAGUUUAGGUAGUUCUGAUUAUCAAAGAAGUCGAGAGGCAAAUGGCAAGUCAUAAUUUUAAUUAGAAGAAAAAAUGAGUUUCUAAUUCGGUCUGGAAAUAAAAUAAACAGGAUAUGGAGGAGGUGUUGCCCGAAACAAGACAUAGUUUCGACACGAAGCUUGAUUCGAAAUACGGUGACCCGAAACGAAAUUUUUUCAGAGAAUGAAGAAUCCGGACUCUGUCUUCCAAAAAAAUAUAUGUAAUUCCGGCUUCCUGUUAUAUGUACACUGAUACAAAAUGUGUUUUUCUAUACAUUUCAAACCAAGACAAUUCGCAAAAAUCUUAACAAUUAUUUGUGUCAAAUAAAUUCCGUUCUGAAUGAACAAGAGUUUUUAAAUUUAAGGCUUUAUUUAUUGCAAUAAAAAUAGCUCCGACAACUUAACAUUAUUGAAUGUGUUUUAUGAUAGUCAGAAAACUCCAGAUAAUUAUGCCCCAGAAGCAAUUCGCAUUCUUUGCCUCGGAAGUGGAGGAAUGGAUAAUUUUUGUGUUUGUAAUAAAAAAGGAGAUUGUUACACGCCCGUUAAAAAUAAUACACCAACUUAUGUUGAAUUGGCGCCUUAUUGUGAUCCAUAUGAAGGUCCAAAUGUUUAUAUGGAACUUUAUAAAGGUGAACUUAAUUUGGAAAGUGACAAGACAAAAUUAUAUAAACAAAAAUUUAACGAUGGUCCCUUUGGUUGUGGCUCUGAAUAUAUGAAAAUUUCUGCGGUUAGCUGCAAUGGAUGUUCAAAAAUUGGACAAGCAGUUCGUGAAAAAACAUGUAAAGGGGAGUAUGUUCCGAAUAAAUUGGACGCACAAAAUAUUCGAGAUAUUUUAUUUGGCAUAAAAGGAACAACAAUUAAUCCAUAA